AUGCUUCUUGUCGCAGGAGUUUACAGCAUAACUACAGUCAGUAAAGUGUCGGUGAAGACUGGAGGCUCCAUCUCUGUCCCAUGUCUCUAUGAAUCCUGGCACAAAGAUCGUGUGAAAUACCUGUGUGAGGGAUAUGCUUGGUUAAGCUGUAAGUAUGCAGCUAAAACAGAUCGACCAAGUGGAUCUGGAAAGUUUUCAAUCUCUGAUGACAGACAACAAGGAAUCUUCACUGUCACUGUUAAUAAUGUGACAGAGAAAGACACUUGGUACUGGUGUGCUGUGGAGAUAAAAGACGGGCCAGAUGAUGGGGAGUAUUUUCAGGUGUUAACCACCAGAGAUCAGAAUCCUCAGGAUUCACCUGGACUCUAUGUGGAUCAUCAGGAGAUCACAGGGUUUAAAGGAGACAAUGUGAGCAUCCACUGUCACUAUAGAGUCUCAGGAAAAAGUCAGUGGUGCAGGCUGGGAGAGCCCUGUGUGGAGGAGCCGUCUGGAUCAAUAAGUGGAACAAGAGUGACCAUCAGAGAAAACUUCUCCAGUGUUUUCACUGUGACUCUGAUUGGACUGAGGACAGAGAGCAGCGGCUGGUAUCUGUGUGUUAAAGGAGACCUACAGAUGCCAGUGCAUGUUACUGUUACAGACAGACUGAGCACCGUCAAACCCACAGCAACAACCCAUUUAACUCCCUUUUCACACACUCUUGAACCUGUGACUGACACAACUACUUUAACAUAUGAAGCGUCAACCACAGUUCAGAGAGGAAACCACAGUGCGUCUGUUUACCCGCUGAGCUUCAUCAUCAUCCUUCUCAUUUUGCUGAUUGUUGUAACGACGGCCUCGUUCAUCUGGUGUAAACUGAAAAGACGCACACGACCAUCAGCUGCCAGCACGAGGUCGAAGGCUGAGGGUGAUGUGGAAAUCGUAUAUUCUGCAGUUACCAUAAAUCCACAACCUGUGCGAAAGCAGGUUGAAGCUGAAGAUGAGGAGGUUACAUACAGCACAUUGGCUCAAAAAUAAUUCUAUGUAAAUGUCACGACUCGCUGUUUUGUUUUACACUUCCUCCUGACUCUCUGCUCAAAGACAAAAAGUAAGAAGAGCGAGGAAACAUUCAAAUUUUCAUUCUCAUUUCCUCAAGCUGAUGUGUAUCUCCUUUGUUUGUUACUAAACACGGUUUUACAUUAAAGAAUCACUGACACUGGGAGACUGUGUCAGAAGUCAUUGUUGGAAAGCUUCUGUGGGAAUUAACUGGAAAUUUGGGGUAAUUUUUUACAAACUGUAUCAUAUACAAGCAUAAAUAUAAAUAUUUUGUUUUGUCACAAGCCAACAUGCAUGUAAACUAAUACAAAUUUAAAUCCACCCACCCCCCAAAAAACGCAGGGUAGAAAUGCAAAUAAAUCUGCAUUAAAUCUGAUUGUUUUAACCAAGAUUAUGCUGCAAGAAGAUUAUAAGCUAAUUGGAAAAUUUCUAGUUUAUUCCUGUUAAUUUCCAUAUUGUUCUGUUAAUUCCCAUAUAUUUCUGGUAAUUCCCAUAUUUUCUCAGGGAAGUAACUGGCUUUUCUUUUCUUUUUCAUUUCUAUCACUAUUUGCUAAACGGAGGCAAAAAUGUUGCAGUUGUUGCUCCUGUCACAGUUUUACAAAUUCAGACAGGAAGUGUUGUGUUUUAAGAUUCUUGCACACAGUCUGCUGUGAACUAUACUGUGACAGUUUGUUUCUGUCAUUCAACCAAUGUAACAGCUCUACAGUCGGAGGAAAAGAGGUGUGAACCACUGCAACCUGUAACCUUCACUCUAAUAAACUUUACUCUAUUACACUGA